AUGUCUUGCGAGCACUAUGAAAGUCUACGAUACAAGUCAUCAUUUCGAAAUUUGCUUCGUUUAACAAGUUUUGAUCCCGAUCGAAAUGAGUCUCAAGCUCGUAGCCUUCGCCGCAACAUGUGUUUUGCAGGCAUUCGCUUCCAAAAUACAUCAGACAAAACGGUUAAGUGUGGCAAAUUUUCGGCACCACUGUGCUACUCUGACAUCUGUAAACCACCUGAGGGUGUGAACCAGACCAUUGAACUUUUGGUUAAACGAUAUCCUGCCAGCAAUCCCGAGACUGCAAUUAAUAUAUGGAUUCUGGACGGGGACGUCGAAACUAAGGAAUUAUCGGCGGUCCUGCUAAAAAGACAUCUAGAUGCAAAUGUCUAUAUGAUGGAUGCUCGCGGAAGCGGAAAGAGCACGAGUCUGGAUUGUGGAAUGACAAUAAUCGAUCCAGAGUAUAAUUUCAUGAUGAACCCUGCCGAAGUUGAGUCAUGUGCUUUAAUUCUAGAAUCCAUGUUUGGUGAUCUCGUGGCAUUUUCACCGAUGAGUGCGGCGCACGACCUUUUUGAUUUGAUCUCUAAGCUUUCCAAUGGCGCCCACACUUUUGUGUAUGGAACCAACUACGGGGCAUUAACGGUGAAACGUCUCAUGCUUCUCGCCCCUCCUGAAGUUAUUGGGUACGUUCUGGAUUCGCCAAUGGGUACAACGGGGGUAUAUAAUUAUUAUACAGAAAAGGAUUUUAUUGAAAACGAAGUGGCAAGAACUUUUAUGGAGCGUUGCGAUCACGACCGUGUCUGCAGCUCCCAUUUUAAAGCUCCGGAUACGUUGUUUACUGCGUAUCAAGAUAUUAUAACCACUCUCGACAAUCAAGUUGACUCAGCGUGUUCUGAGGUAAUGAACACCAUGGAUGUUAAAAAUCCAAAAUGGCCAGCCUCGUUUAAACUUCGAGCACUUGUUUCAUCACUGCUUUCAACCCCAGCAUUGAUCAUGACAAUUCCUCAAUUAGUGUACCACUUCAAGCGCUGCCAACCCCAUGAUGUGAAAGUCUUGACGAAAUUUAUCAGAAAUGUCGUAAAUCGUGGCCACUUUUUUUCGGGUCCUAACGAAAUCAGCUUCGAGGUUUUGAGUCCCCUCAUUCGUUUCUCGGAGUUGUGGGAGAGACCGACACCUUCGUUGGAAGAAUUGAGAAAGCGCUUUACGAACUCUUUCUCGGGUUGGGGCAUUUACACCGACGUUCCUUUGUAUUGUGCUUUCUCAAAAGAACAAUCGAAGGUGUGCGAUAAGUACAACUUUGGCAAGUAUGAAGCUCGCGGAGUCAUUUAUAAGCGCGACCGAUACUGGAAUGCGAGUGUUACAAUUCCGAGUCAGGCUAGCGUUCUAGUGCUGAGCAGUAAGAUGGAUACAUUUUCAUCGCACAAGUACUCGAAGAGCCUAUUGGAAUCCCUUACUGGUAAAAGGAAGGAGCUGAUCACCUUCGAAACUGGUAGUGGCGCAACAUUGACUUCUACAUCCUUACAACUGAGAUUUCAAUCGAUGGAAACAUGUGCAUAA